GCCGAUGACAUAAACGCCGGGUUUCCGGAACGCCUGUGCCAGUCUCGAGGCUGAGGCGUGGAGAUGGCGUUCCGCGGCAAGAGACCGGAGCACGGCGGGCCCCCCGAGCUGUUUUACGACAAGAAUGAAGCCCGGAAAUACGUGCGCAACUCACGGAUGAUAGAUGUCCAGACCAAGAUGGCUGGGCGAGCUUUGGAGCUUCUCUAUCUGCCUGAGGGUCAGCCCUGUUACCUUUUGGAUAUUGGCUGUGGUUCUGGGCUGAGUGGAGAUUAUCUUUCGGAUGAAGGGCACUAUUGGGUGGGCAUCGACAUCAGCCCUGCCAUGCUGGAUGCGGCCUUGGACCGGGACACUGAGGGAGACCUGCUUCUGGGGGACAUGGGCCAGGGCAUCCCCUUCAAACCAGGCUCCUUUGAUGGUUGUGUCAGCAUUUCUGCUAUACAGUGGCUCUGUAACGCAAACAAGAAGUCUGACAUCCCUGCCAAGCGUCUGUACUGCUUCUUUUCUUCUCUUUACUCUGUGCUGGUCCGUGGAGCCCGUGCUGUCCUGCAACUGUACCCUGAGAACUCAGAGCAGUUGGAGCUGAUCACAACCCAGGCCACCAAGGCUGGCUUCACGGGUGGCGUGGUGGUGGACUUCCCCAACAGCGCCAAGGCCAAGAAGUUCUACCUCUGCUUGUUUUCUGGGCCUUCAACCUUUCUGCCAAAGCCCCUGAAUGAGAGUAACGACGACGACGAGGAGGUCCAGGAGUCCGAGUUCACGAGGGAGAGGACAUCCUGGGGUCAUGCGCUCAGGUGCUCGGGAAAUGGCUGUUACUCAAAUGCUGAGCAGCCCUGCACGGCAGGAAUUAUGCUGGAAGCCGUUUGAUCCCAGCUGCCAGGUGGGGAUGUGGUUUGGGGGGGGCGGGCAAAGGCUCUCCCUGUUCUCAGGGCCUCUCCCCCACGGGGCUGCGUGAGGGGGUCCCUCUCCUCAGCCAGGGCUGGAGGCCAAGAUCAGCCCUUGAGGAUCAUUGUCGGGGCUGCCAUGAGCUGGCAGCCUUGUUUUCCUGCCUCAGACAUCUGGAGUUGCUGGGAGCCCCCACGUGGUCUAUCCCAGGCCUGCCAACCCCACAGUCAGAGGGGCUAACGUGGCAGCACUGGGCCCGGGGCCUCCGGCUCUCCUCGGAUGGUGCCAGGCUCUCAUGAGCUCAUCCUGCCUGUGUUGCCCCAAAAGUAGCGUGGCUCACCCUGCCUGCCCCGUGGGCAACACCUAACAAAGACACUGAAGCGGAUGCAUGUGGGGGAGUGGGGGAGUGCGGGGCCUCUCCCCUCCUGCUCUCCUCCUACCCAA